CUGACUUUGGAUGAGGAGGAGGAAGAAGCAGGCAAAGGAGGGAGAGGGGGAGCCCGGGGGGUGAGGGGAUUCGGUGAGGACUGUGGGAACAGAGCAAUGCCAUCCAGAGGCAGAAGAGGAGCCUCUAUCUUUCUGAGUCCAUGUCUCUUCACUGUUCCCACAAGCGUCGUCAACGUGCUGCCUGCUGUUCUACCUCUGGAUUUAAAUCCGCCGGAUUACCACUCGGACUCCCGCAUCAUUGUUGGAGGGUGCCACGUUUAAAUGGGAGGCAAAGUUCCCCCGUGGACCGCACAAAUGGUGACAAACACAUUGAUUUUUCUUGCUUUUUUAAUUUCUUCCUAGCAUUAAAAAUGAUUUCAAUUUUCCCGAGUGAAAGUCUUUUUAUAUGUGGAAUCGUUUUUUUGUAAUGCGUGAAAGUAGUCGACUAGUUUUUGGCGACAUUGGAGUUUGAGCUUGUCUAUGGAGGGAUUGGCAUUCAAGAUGUGUGAAGAAAAGCAUUUUCACCCUUUUCCAAUGCCAUCCUUGCUUAAUAUGAUCACAACAUGACUGUUCCCUUCCUGAUAUAUUUGUGCCAGUGUGGAGAGCGUACAUUGGACUGCAGGUGAACUUGCAUCUCUCCUCGUUCCUCCAUCUCAAAGGGAACCCUCCCACUAAACGGUUCCCUGUUAACCCAUUUAGGGUUCCCCUGUGGGGACUUCUCUACAACCUUUUGUCCUACUCCAGAUUUUGCGCAAAGCAAAAGCUACAGCAGUAAAAGGGGCACCUGGGCAGGAAGACACCCCCCUCCCAAAGUUGAGAGGGGGGUGGGAAGAUGGCAGCUCUUGCUAGCUCACUCAUCAGACAGAAACGGGCUGUCAAGGACGACCAAACCAAUCGACCGGUAGCCAACAAGCGUAAGCCCUGUCCAAAGAGCAACAAGUCUUUGUGCCAGAAACAGAUCCUGGUUCUCAUUUCCAAAGUAAGACUGUGUGGGGGUCGCAAAGGUCGCAACGAGAAGAGACCAGAGCCGCAACUAAAAGGCAUUGUAUCCCGCCUGUAUAGCCAACAUGGAUACUACCUUCAAAUGCAGCCCGAUGGCACCAUUGACAGUACAAGAGAUGAGAGCAGUUUAUUUUCGCAGUUUAACCUAAUUCCUGUGGGACUGCGGAUUGUGGCAAUCCAGGGUGCAAAGACGGGGCUGUACCUUGCCAUGAAUAGCGACGGAUACCUCUAUACUUCGGAUCACUUCACUCCGGAGUGUAAGUUCAAGGAGAGUGUGUUUGAGAACUACUACGUCACAUACUCCUCAAUGCUCUAUCGGCAGACCCAGUCUGGUCGCGCUUGGUAUAUCGGUAUCAACCGUGACGGCCAGGUCAUGAAGGGCAACCGGGUAAAGAAGAACAAAGGAGCCGCGCACUUCCUGCCUAAAGUUAUCGAGGUUGCAAUGUAUAAGGAGCCAUCGCUACAUGAGCUCACGAGUGAGCCUGUGAGUCCUCCACGGAAGACAACCAAAACAUCAGAUUCCCCGUCCUUAAAAAAUGGACGGAAAGAAGCCCCCAAGGCUGAUGCCUCAUAGCACAGGAGACGGAGGGUGGGUCAGAGGGCAACAGUGACACUUGGAACAAAGUCAGCCAUCAUGCUCGGAGGAUGGCUGGGUGAAUGUCUCUCAUGGUCCAGGAGUGCACGAUAAGAUGCUGAGGGAUGAAGGGUGAGCAGUCCAUCAGCAGACAACACAAUGAGAGAGGAAUCUUCCCUCCCCGCCCUUGUCACCACAGAAUGACAGACCUGGACCCUGGUCGCAGCAACUUUCUACCGCCAUCCGAAAUGUUUGUCUCCACUGAGCCCCUUCGAAUUUCCUGAUACACAGGCUCAUUAAUUUCUCGGUUAUCAUCAUGCUUCAUGGUCACCGUGACACUUUUGUCUUUUCUCCCGCGCCUGUGCAGCGUUUGCGCUAUUGCAUUGUGAUAUUCACCAUCCGCACGUUUACAAAGCAGUCUCGACUUCAUAAUCCUCACCCAUGAGCCCACUCUUGAUCCCUAAAGUUGGUGACUGUGCCGCCCAGCCGGCUUUCCCCACACCAUCUGCCGACCAGCUCGGCUAAUCAUCAAGGUCAGCUAAAGCUCAACAUGAGAUGAAGCAGCUCAAAAGAGUCAAGAUGGCAACUGGAAUCCUGGGUCAAAUCAAGUCAGAUGAGGAUCAGGGAGAAAGUGAUGACACAAUCUCACAAAUACGAUUAGCCAUCAAUACUUCUUGGCCAUUGUUCAGAGAAAAUCUAAAUGAAUUCCGCGAUUUGAAAUCUGCGACGGCGGCACGUUGGUCAGCUGAUGAGCACGUUGGCCACAAAGUGCAGAGGUGCAGGGUUCGAUUUUGGCUCCGGCCUUCCUCUGUGGAGU